CAACAAGUAGCAAAACCCUUAUUCUAAAACCCUGUAAUAAUCGUGCCUCGGAGUUAGAUACAGAGCUUUGUAUCUAUUUUCUCACCAAUGGCGGCCAACGAUUUCCACAAGCGAAAGAGAGCUGCUGGGUCUAAACCCGACCCGGAAAAAACCCAUAUCAAGAAACCCAAAUCACCAGCUUCUUCAAACAAGAGUUUUGAGAAAUCAUCAAAGAGUGAGCCAGCAGCAAAGUUUAACAAGUUUCAGAAAUCAGGUGAUAAUGGGGAGAAAAGUGUGCCCAAAACGAAGAAAGAAGCUAGAAUAUUGGCAAAGGAGCUUGCAGAUGCUAGGAAGAAGAAGAGGAAGCAGCAUUUUUCUCUUGAACAGGAGCUUGCAUCACUAUGGGAAAAGAUGAGGUGUCGGAAUAUUAGCAAAGAAGAUAGAUCCAAGUGGAUUACUGAAGCUAUAAAGAAGAUGAAAGGAAAGAUUCCAGAAAUUGCUGGCUCCCAUGUUUCAUCUCGUGUACUGCAGACUUGUGCCAAGUACUGCUCAGAAGAAGAAAGAAAUGCUGUGUUUGAGGAGCUUAAACCUCAAUUUCUCACCCUAGCGCGUAACACAUAUGCAGUACAUCUCAUUACAAAGAUGUUGGAUAAUGCUACAAAGAAACAGCUGGCAGAUUUUAUUUCCACCUUACGUGGGCAUGUUGCUUCUCUUCUUCGGCAUAUGGUUGGCUCAGUUGUUGUGGAGCAUGCUUAUAGCUUGGGAAAUGCAGCUCAAAAGCAAGCUCUGCUGGUUGAACUUUACUCUACUGAGCUUCAAUUGUUUAAGGACUUGGGGACUUUGAAAGAAAGAAGGUUAGUUGACAUAAUUUCUAAGCUGCAACUGCAAAAAGCUUCUGUUUCAAGGCAUAUGACUUCUGUGGUACAACCAAUCCUGGAGAAGGGGAUAGUAGAUCACUCUAUCAUCCACAGGUUGUUGAUGGAGUAUGUUACUAUUGCUGACCAGUCUUCUGCGGCAGAGGUUAUCCAACAAUUAUCGGGUCCGCUUCUCGUUCGGAUGAUCCAUACAAAAGAUGGAUCCAGGAUUGGUAUGUUGUGUGUCAAGCAUGGGAAUGCUAAGGAGAGGAAAAAACUUAUUAAAGGACUCAAAGAUCAUGUGAGCAAGAUAGCUCAUGAUAGAUUUGGAAACAUGCUGCUUGUCUGCAUUUUUUCACAUGUCGAUGACACAAAACUUGUUUCGAAGGUUGUCAUCCGUGAACUAAAAGCUGUAUUGAAGGAGAUUAUUAUGGAUAAGGAUGGAAGGCGUCCACUGUUGCAGCUACUUCAUCCCAAUUGUCCACGUUACUUGAGUCCAGAUGAUCUAGCCUCCCUUGAUUUAUCAAUUUCUUCAUUGUGCACCAAGGUAGAAACGAGUUCCGAGUUGACCGAGCAGAACAAAGCUUCAGAUAUUGUUCAAGCUGAUGAAGACAAAAGCAACUCUGAGGAGCUUACUGCCAACAAACAUUCCAGCUCAAGUGAAAUGCCACUGUUAGGCGAGGGAGGAAAAAAGGACCCAGUUCUACGAAGACGAGAGUUGUUGAUUGACAGUGGGCUCGCAGAGAGCCUCAUUGAUGUAUGUGGUGAAAUGGCUGGAGAAUUACUAGUAUCAAGAUUUGGCAAAGAGGUUUUGUAUGAGGUAGCGACUGGGGGUUCUGAUGGAAUUCUUAAUGAUUUGGAUGAAAAAUUGAACACUUUGUAUGAAGCUGUAGCAACUCUUGUAGCAAAGCCCAAAUCAGAGGGAUCCGAAGAGGAGCACCUCCUUGAGAAUUUCCAUUCCAGCAGAACUAUAAGAAAGUUAAUUUUGGAUUGCCCCAACUUCGCUACUGUUUUGUGGGAGAAUGCUUUGGAAGGAAAAUGUGAAAUGUGGGCCCAAGGCCACAGUUGCAAAGUAGUUACUGCGUUCUUGGAAUCUUCUGAUUCUUCCAUCCGAGAGCUAGCAACGGAAGAGCUGCAGCCCUUGAUAGAUGCUGGCACACUCAAGGUACCUGACACCAAGCAUUCAGUUGAAGCUGAUUAAGUUUCUCUGAGAAAGAUGACCAGGAAUGGCGCAGGAAGUAUCAGUCAGACAUAAGUUCGGGGAGGUCACCCGAUCUGAUUGAUCUGUCUAGCAACCUCAAAUGAGCAUGAAGAAAAUGGAGUUUACCAAAUUUAUAUCCUUGCAUGAGGUUUUUGCUACAAUGAAGAGAAGCCUUUGUAAUACGAGUGAUUUAAACCUUAAAUUGUCCAUCAGAGACGUAACUUGCAUACUAUAUAUGUCAUUUUCAGCAUUUUGUUUGAGCUACAAUAUGAAGCAGUUGACAUAGUAAUAUAAGGAGUUCUUGAUUCUUUUAUA